AUACAAAAUAAACAAGAUGAGUAUAACAAAUAUUAAAAAACGUUUGAAUGCAAUUUUGAAUUUUAUGCAUCCAUAUUGGGAGUUUGUGAACUGCCACAUGGUAAACUACAUUACUGAUAAGCAUUGGAAUCAACAUAUACCUACUGAUAUACGUGCAGAAAUAUCUGAUGAGCAAAAUGUUCAGGAUUGUAUAAAAAAUAUUUUUAUACACAAAAAUAAAAAGGAGUUAAAACUGGAUGAGUUUAAAGCAAUUAAUCAAUUUUUUUCUCAUGCUUUGGAAUAUGACUUGAGCAACUGUGAAGAUAUUAUAACAACAGUUGAAGAUUUAUAUAAAUCGUUAGGAAAAGAGCAUGUUAAUGAAAAGUUGUCAAUUAAAGAAUUUAUGAGUGAAAAGAAGAGCCAUGAGGUCGAGCUUACUGCGGAACUAGUAAAUGAUUUAAUGGAAAUUCAUCCGAACGAAAAACACAAUCUUAUGUUUAUUGUGGAUGCUGGAGAUGGAAAAGGAUAUUUAUCAUCCAGAUUAGCACUUCAAUACAAGCACAAAGUUCUAGGCAUUGACUUUAAUGAACAAAAUACGGAAAGUGCUCUGAGAAGAAGUAAUAAACUACAGCGCGCAUGGAACAGCCUAACGGUACGUGCAGAAUUGAAAAACAAAGGUAUAACACCGCCACGCCGUGGCAACAAACCAAAAGAUAAAAUUGUUUCUACAAAUAUUAACGAAAACGUUAUUAACUAUCAAACCAUUUCAAAAUUCAUAACCACCGAUUUAAAAAUUACACAUCUAAUAAAGGAACUGUUUUCAAUUCCCACGAUGGUAUCACCAAAUUUUUGCCUUACUGGAUUACACACUUGCGGGAACUUAGCGCCUACUUGUUUAAAAGUAUUUCAUGCACAACAAGAAUGUAAAAUUAUUUGUAACAUUGGUUGUUGUUAUCAUAUGUUAAAAGAAUCAUUUUCUGGUCCAGAAUUUUUUGGUAAUAAGGUUUUUAUGGAUAAACAAACUACAGAAGGCUUUCCUAUGAGUAAUUUUUUAAGAAACAAAAAAGUGAAACUUGGCCGCAAUGCGCGUAUGCUAGCAGUACAAUCUAUGGAUCGAACAUUGGCAGCCAAUGAGCUACCAAACAUAUCACUUUUCUAUAGAGCGCUACUAGAAGUUUUAAUAUGCGAAAUGAAUCCAGAUUUAAGAAAUACAGUACAAGUGGGUAGAAUAAAAAAAUAUAGAAAUUUUAAAGAAUACUUAAAAUUAUGCUCUAAUAAAGUAAAUAUAAAUUUCGAAUCUAUUAGCACGGAGCGAAUAACAAAAAUUGAAUCUGACUAUGCGAUACACAAAAACUAUUUAGAUCUAUUUUAUUUACUCCGAAUGGCCUUUGCACCGGUAUUGGAGAGUAUAAUUUUAUUAGAUCGUUUACUGUACCUUAAAGAACUGGGUUACGAACGUAGUUAUUUAGUACCAAUAUUUGAUUCACUGAUUUCACCAAGAUGCUUUGCUGUUAUUGCUCUAAAAUGAUAUUUAUUCUAAAAUUCUUGAUAUUCUAAAAUUAAUAUUUAUAUUUUUAUGAUGUGAAUGUGAAACAAUAAAUGUGUAUUUAAAUUUAAUUCUAUUUGCGAAAAAUCUUCAUUUCUUUAACUAAUAGAGACAAAAUAUUUCGGCACUUUUCUUUGACGAUGUUUCAAAUAAAUUAGGAGGGUCUCCAGAACCUAAGGCAUGUUUUAAGUUUGUAAUUUCAUCAACUGUAAUAAUUAAAGAAUGAUAGGUAUUUUAAAAAAUAACAUUCAAAAUUCUUGUGAAAAACACAAGGCAGAUAUAAAGCGCUUACACCAAUGAUUCUUCAGGUAUAUAACAAAAAUAACUUUUGGACUUCACACAUUUUCCAACUUAGUAUUCAUUUGCUUCUCUGUUGAAUAUAUAACAGCCUAUCAGAUAGUUACUUGU